UAAAUUGCAAACGAAAUAAUAAAGUAAAUUGCAAAUCUAUACGCUAAAUAACGCUGCCACAUGAUUUUGCUACAGUUCCGGACCACAUUAAAGAAAUCCGCUAGCGUAUACAAUGGAGGAAGCAGCAACACAGAGAAUUUCCAAUCCCAUCGAAGCGCUGAGCAAAGAUGAAAUCAUAGCCAAAUAUAAGGGCUUGCUCAACAUUGCCAAAAAGGCGAAGCAGGCAAAAGAUGAUCUCACCGAGGAGAAUCGUCAGCUGAAAGAUGCACUCACGCGUGCCGCAGCCAAACAGAGCACUUUGCCUGCCAUGCAAGAAAUGGUGCAGGAUCUGACAGAAAAGAAUUUACUGCAGGCGGAGCAAUUAAGCGUACUUCAGCGAAAGGUUAAAGAGGAUGCGGAAAGGCAAGAACAGCUGGAGAUUGAGAAUGAGAGCCUUAAACGGCAACUAGCGCGUCUAAGCGACGAGAAUGAUGAUUUGCUUUCCGAUGUCGAUCGCCUCGAGCAGGCUAUGCAACAGGUGAAUGCGUUGGGCACGGAACAGCGCAAAAAUCUCGAACUACUGGAAGUGGACAUCAAUAAGAUGCAGGAGGCGGAGGCACUAAAUGCCACUCUAAAGCAACAGAUUGCCAGUGCUGAGGAGGAGACGCAAGCCCGGGUGGCCGAAUUGCAGCAGCUACAGCAAAAAUAUCAAAGUGUUAAGGACUUGAAUUCGGAGCAGCGAAAAAAAUUCAAUGCAUUAAAGGACCGCUUCAUAGAUGUGCACCGCAAAUUGAAAAAUCUAAAGGAGUGCAAGUGUGUGCUGCUGGAGACGCAACAUGAAUAUGCUGCAUCAGUGUCUAAAUGGCAGCAAGAAAUUGUCAAAGCCUCGCACUUGCUAUUUGCUAAAAUAACAGCCCUGCAGCAGGAUAAUGAGGAGUUGCGUGCUCAGUUAAAAACUGGCAAUAGUGAUGGCUUAAUGAGAGCUCAUCUACUGCAAAAACUGGAGGAGAUGGAACAAGUAAGUCAGCUCGUAAAAGAGCAUCAGUUAAAGCAAGAACGAGAAUUGGAGGAGCUUAGGAACAAGGGACAGCACAGGCAUGUGCUGAAAAUUGAUCACAUUAUUGAUAAACUGGAGCAAAUGGAACGCCUAGCAAAUUUGAUUAAGCAGCAACAAUCAAUUCAGCAACAACUACAACAGCCACAAGGCAAACAACUGGACAUCAAUCGCAUCAUAGAUAGACUUAAUCAAAUGGAACACUUGACGGGCUUGCUGGGACACCAGCUGCAUGAGAAGGAACUCGAAGAGAAGCGUUUGCAGCAAGAACUGAAAGAUCUGAGGGUUCAGCUGCAGGAAAGUGCAACAAAAUUAGCGGAGAAACAAUCCCGAGUUGACCAGCAGCUAGACGAAUGCCAAGAAAUGGAACUACGGGCGCAACUGGAGGCCAGUCAAGCAACCGUCGCGAAACUCCAAGAGGAGAUGCACAUUAAGGCGCACAGCAAUAAAAAUAUUCAACAGUUGUCGGCGGAAAAUGUGGAACUCCUAGAUAAGUUGCAGGCACAAAAGAGCCAGUGUGCAUCCCUCCAAGAGCACAACGAAGAUCUGCAGGGGCGCUACAAGCAAAAGGAAAGCGAGCAUUCUGAGUUGCUGGCAGAGAUGCGGGAGCUGAACGAAGCGCUCAAAGGACGUGGUGAUGUCAUCUCCCGCCUACAGGAGCAACAUGCCUUGGAGGCCAAGUCUGUGGCCGCCAGAGAGAAAGAGCUGCAGGAUAGUCUGUCACGGGAGCAACAGGCCUUGAGCCAAAAGUCACAACAGCUCGAGCAACUGCAGGCGAAAGUCAACGAGUUGGAGCAAGAGUUGCAACAACAGCUACAACUCCAAGCAAAUGCAGAUGCUCAGAGUGAUAUCCUAUCCACAUCGACCAUCUCGCGCGCAGAGGAAUUGAAUCGGUUGCGUGAACUGGACGAAGGCUAUGAAGAGAAGUACAAUAAGCUGCGUACGCUGGCCGCCAAAUUGAAGCGCAAACUACAAGAGCAAACUCAACAACUGAAGGAUAUGGAGCAGCAAUCAAUCACCUGCGGUGAAAUGAAAGCCGAAAUGGAGUCCGUUAAGCAAGCGCAACUACAACUACAGCAGGAUUUGAAUACCGCGCGUGCCGAGAACCAAAAACUGAAGAGCAAGGGUGGAAAAAACACCAGCGUACUGAAUCUGGAAAUCGAGGCUGCUGAAAAAUCACUUGCCGAUGUAAGCUCGAAGCUGGCAGCCAAGUGUAGUGAGUUGGAGGCGCUGCAGGAGGCUCUCGGCAGCAAGGACAAUGCAAAUGUGCAGCUGCGGAAGGAAAUCGAAAUACUGGAGGCAGCCAAAAACUCUGAGGUGGAGCACGCCAAGCAGCUGAAGCAGGAAAUCGAUCGCAUGCAAGCCCAGCUUAAAGAUGCCGUACAUAGUCAGCAGCAGACUCUGACACAAAACAAGGAGCUCGAGCUGAGUGUCGAGCAACUUAAAUUGCAGCUGGAGGAGCUGCAUCUACAGUUGGCCACCAGUGCACAAGAGCACGAGAAGGCGCUUAAGAGCUCCAAGCAAAUGGCCAGCAGCUCCGCGCAGGAGCUGCAAUCCCGCCUAGAUGCCAUGAGCGAACUGGAGACGAAUCUGCGCAAUGCUCAGCGAGCGCACGAAGAUUUGCGUAUCGAAUAUCUGGACUAUAAGGUUAAAGCCCAAUCGGUAUUACGCAAGAAUCAAAACAAGGACUCCGACAAGGAGAACGAACUGGAAGCCGAAAUUACAACGCUUCGCGCAGAGGAGCAAAAGCUGCGUUCCAGCAAUGAGGAGCAGACCAAGCGUCUGACCAUUUUGGAGAGGGAGCUCGCCCUACUUCAAGAGGACAACACAAACUUGCAGCGGCGUAGCAAGGAUCUGAUGGGCUUAGUCGAGGAGUUGCGCACCCAGAACGAAACGCUGGCCCUGGACAAUCAUCAGCAGCUGCAACUGCAGCAGGAACGACUGCACCAGCAUCGCCAGCAGAUCGAUCAUAUGGAUGCAGCGCACAAAUUGCAGCUCCAGCAACUCCAACAGCAACUGCUGGAGAGCCAGGAGGCGCUGAAGAAAGUGUCAUCAAUGCCCACAGCCAUACCGUCCUCCAAUGUGACGUCAGCAUCAUCCCCACCCUCUGCUGAGCAAACCAAAAUCGACUAUCUGCUCAUGGACCACGAAACUGCCGGGGAUUGCACUGCUGCCGAUUCCUUAUCGCAGCUAGCUGCGCAACGUAAAAUUUCCACUGCCUCGCGCCGUUCCCACGACCUAAUGCCGUUGGAUGAACUGCUGGCCCUUAAUACCAUCAGCAGUGACACAGUCACGACCAUCUCGCAUUUUGGACGAAGUGUCAGCAUGCAGGAUGAUGUCGAUAGCGAGCUUGAGGCGCGUGGCGACUUUCCAGCCAUGCAAAAGGCUCAGGCCGCUCUGCAGGCCACCAAGGAGCGCCUCAACAUACAGGAAAGUCGUGUCCGUCAUUUGACCACCCUGCUGGCCGAGAACGAACAGGAUCUGGCAAGGCUGACACAAAUGAACGAUAUGCUGAAGGAGGAGCUGCGUCGUCAGGAACGGUCCGAAGAACGUGAACAGCAUAUGCAUAAUUCGGAGUAUUUGAAAAAUGUUUUCUUGAAGUUCCUUACUUUAAAUAAUGGCGAUGAGCGCAUGCGCUUAGUUCCUGUCUUAAAUACGAUCUUGCGCCUGAGUCGCAAUGAAUGCGAAAUGCUGAAUUGUGUGGCCAAAGGCCAAAAAGUGUCAAACGACGGUGGCAAUCGAGGUUGGACUGGUUUUCUCACAGCAUGGAGCGGUGGCGGAGGAGGGGGAGGCGGUCAAAACAGUCAAAACAAUAAUUAGCAUAUUGUGUCGUACAUUCAUAUUUAAGAGUUUUGCCAACUCUUGUGUAUUAUUUUUGGAAAAAAAAAAAUUGAAACCGGGUCACUGUAAAAUUUAAUGACACUCUUCUUCUUGUUGUGUGUAAAUUGUAUAAAUCUUUGUAAAUGGGUAAUUGCUUUAAAGAAAUACCUAUACGUAUUUGUAACUAUUUUAAAAA